AUGGACCAAUUAGUCCUUCCACGAAUGUCUGCUCCUAGCGAUCUUAACCCAGCCGGCACAAUGGAUGCAACCAACACAAUGGGUACAAAUGCUUCACUCCAAGCUACACCUGAACUGCCAGGCCAGGUUGAACUCACCGGAAAUGCACUUCCUCCAAUCGACACCACCGUCAAUCCCCCAGCAACUACAACGGAUUUGCCCUUCGAUACAACUGAAUUGCCAGACGGGGUUGAACUUACCGAAAAAAAACCUACUUCAUUCAACAACACUGCCAAUUCUCCGGCCACUACAAUGCAUUUGCCUGUCGAUGGAACCGCAACAGCUUUAUCUAGGGAAAUUUCCCACCAAGCUACACCUGAACUGCUAGACCGGGUUGAACCCACCGAAAAUACACCUGCUCCAGUUAACACCAUUCCCAAUCCCCCAGCAACUACAAUUGAUUUGCCCAUUGAUACACCUAAAAUGCCAGACCGGGUUGAACUCGCCGAAAAAACACCUGCUCCAGUCAACGCCACUGCCAAUCCAUCAACUCCCAACAAGGCUAAAAGAACCACAAAAGGAGGCUUCUCUAACGACAAAGCAACCCUUCCGGACACUGAAGCAGAACUCGACGAUGACCAAAUUUCAUCCCUCUUCUACCAUCCACCUGAUGUGCGCAGGCGAUAUCCAGUCUACUUCAGCAAAACCACCGGUCGAAUCCAUGCAGCGAUGAAACGGCUGCUUUUCCAGAAAGGGAAGGAUAACAAAUUACUUCACCCAGAAUACGUACUACGAUCAAAUCAAGCGAGUUGGGAAAAGAAGCUGAUUAGCUACGAAAAGCACGGACAAUCUAAGUCGAAUGAAGAACCUGUUCGGCUUCCGGAUGAAGAUGCCACUCGCAAGCGCAAGAGAACUGCAGUUGAACCUGUGGAACCAUCAAUCUCUCGCCCUACUAAAGUUACUCUGACAACUGGCAACCAUGGCUCCCCUUUGUUCGUGCCUCGCAAUGCAGAAGUGAACACUCCCCAGCUGCUCCCCCCAGCCAAUACCAUCACCAAUUCGGCUAUCACAGCUGGCGUUGGAUGCCCUGUGCAGCCACCACCACCAAACCCCUACGGUCAAAGCACUCCCAUUAAUCGGCUAGUAGCCCCCUAUGGCUCCGAUUUCAUGCAUUUCCUGACUAAGCUUGAGGUUGAUGACCUGGAACAACUGACUGCAGACGAUAUCAUGCUUCUCACCGAGUGGAUCCUUAAGGAAUGCAGCAAGAUUCAGCAGCAUGUUGCACGUGCUAUUUCUAUCAACGCGGGUACCGAGUACAGGUAUAUAUUGCUUGAUCUUUUUGACAAUCUUACACGAGUUUCUCGAUCGUGCGUCAACCUGGAAGCGGAACGACGAAAUGAUCUCAGUAUGGAGGACCAUGGCGAAGAAGACUGA